AUGAAAGAGGAAGGGAUGAAAGAGGAAGGGAUGAAAGAUGAAGGGGUGAAAGAGGAAGGGAUGAAAGAGGAAGGGAUGAAAGAUGAAGGGGUGAAAGAGGAAGGGGUGAAAGAGGAAGGGGUGAAAGAGGAAGGGAUGAAAGAUGAAGGGGUGAAAGAUGAAGGGGUGAAAGAUGAAGGGGUGAAAGAGGAAGGGGUGAAAGAGGAAGGGAUGAAAGAGGAAGGGGUUCCCUCACUGAGAGAUGAGGCAGUCUUAGAGUCAGCCAUGGGGAGCAAGCAGCAGAGGAACCUGCACUGUUGGGUCAUUGAUGGUGAAGUCAGAUUGGCUGGCUCUGGGUCCAAUCGCUGCUCUGGAAGAGUUGAGAUCUACCACAGUGGUACCUGGGGAACAGUGUGUGAUGAUGGAUGGGAUCUACAGGAUGCUCAGGUCAUGUGCAGCCAGUUGGACUGUGGUUUGGCAGUGAGGGUCCCUCAGACAGCCCACUAUGGUGAGGGGACCGGACCAAUCUGGCUGGAUGAUGUCAGCUGUUCAGGAAGUGAAAGGUCCAUCACUGAGUGUACCCAUCCAGGAUUUGGUACUCAUAACUGUGGACACUCUGAGGACGCUGGUGUGGUCUGUUCAGAUGGUCAGAUCAGAUUGGCUGGCUCUGGGUCCAAUCGCUGCUCUGGAAGAGUUGAGAUCUACCACAGUGGUACCUGGGGAACAGUGUGUGAUGAUGGAUGGGAUCUACAGGAUGCUCAGGUCGUGUGCAGCCAGUUGGACUGUGGUUUGGCAGUGAGGGUCCCUCAGACAGCCCACUAUGGUGAGGGGACCGGACCAAUCUGGCUGGAUGAUGUCAGCUGUUCAGGAAGUGAAAGGUCCAUCACUGAGUGUACCCAUCCAGGAUUUGGUACUCAUGACUGUGGACACUCUGAGGACGCUGGUGUGGUCUGUUCAGAGAGACUCCCAAAGCCCAGCAUCUCCAUGUAUCCUGCUGCUGAGGUCCCCUGGGGUCAGAGCGUCAGCAUCACCUGUUCUGCAUCAACUUUACCUCAACAGCUGAUUUCUAAGACUUCGUUCAUCCUGGAAAAGACUUCCAGUUCCUUCAGAGAGUCCAGAACUCCAGGUAGCAGCUCUGCUUCUUUCAGUCUCCAGGAAGUGAACCUGGACCAUGAGGGACCGUACCGGUGUCAGUAUCAGAUACGAGUCUCAGGACGAGACUUCAGCUCUGCCUUCAGCGACUCCGUCAGACUCUCGGUUGCUGUCCCAAAGCAGAAGCCCAACCUCUCAAUGAUGUCCUCCAGCGGGGGGGCACUCGGGGGCUCUGAUGGCCCUGAGGUCCCCUGGGGUCAGAGCGUCAGCAUCACCUGUUCUGCAUCAACUUUACCUCAACAGCUGGUUUCUAAGACUUCGUUCAUCCUGGAAAAGACUUCCAGUUCCUUCAGAGAGUCCAGAACUCCAGGUAGCAGCUCUGCUUCUUUCAGCCUCCAGGAAGUGAACCUGGACCAUGAGGGACCGUACCGGUGUCAGUAUCAGAUACGAGUCUCAGGACGAGACUUCAGCUCUGCCUUCAGCGACUCCGUCAGACUCUCGGUUGCUGUGCCGCUGCAGCAACCCACCCUCUUCCUGGCGUCUCCCAGCGGGGGGUUGUUCUGGAGCCCUGAAGGUGCAGAGCUCACCAGAGGUCACAGCCUCCUCCUCACCUGCUCCAUUGCUCCUCAGUACCCUGGAGGUUUCUUCUCCCUCCUCUUCUCCGGGUCCAGCCUCAACGUCAGCAGGCCAGCAGUGAACCGCUCGGCCUCCUUCAGCUUCCCUGCAGUCGGAUCUGAGCAGCAGGGGAACUACAGCUGUGUGUACGAGGUCACCCUGUCCUCCAGGACCUUCACCUCCACACAGGAAGCCCCCAUCUCUCUCAUUGUCAUAUUUCCUGUGAUGGUGCUGGUCUCCUCCGUCUGUGGGGGGGGUCUCCUGCUGGUCCUGCUGGUGCUGGGGGGGGUCUUCUUCUUCCUGGUUCGCAGAAGGGGACCCGGAGACCUCAACCAAACUCAAAUGUCUGUCAGAGCCAUGAACAUAUACAAAAGGGAGGAAGAGGAGGAAGAGGAGAACAUCUAUGUGAACUUUGAUGGUGGGGACACCGAGAAGAAACAGCAAUCAAGACGAGGAGAGGAAGAGGACAUCUCCGAGCAGCCGGAGAGCUGCGCAAGCUUCAGAGAGGGAAACGAGGAGGAAGGAGAACCCAGUGACGAUGAAGAUGACUAUGUUAAUGCGACCCCCGGUAUCGUCAGUGGAGACCAUGAGGAUGUGUAUCAGAACUUCUGAGGAGUCCAGCAGAGUGUCAGGAAACACAGCUUUAUGAUGGAGUAGAUACCAGUGGUUUCCGCCUCAGGAGAAGCUGGAUCUGAUACAGUUGAGAGUCUUGUCUGCUCAAUUUGGGAAAUGUAUCUACUAAAGAAUGUAUUAUUGUUGUUGUUGUUGUUGUUGUUGUUGUUGUUGUUGUUGUUGUUGUAAUAUCUACUAAAGAAUGUAUUAUAUUGUUGUUGUUGUUGUUGUUGUUGUUGUUGUUGUUGUAACACUUUAGUGUAAUGAAGCCUCAUUAUGUGUUUUCAGAUCGGCCCUCAGAGGUCCAACAUGUGAUGAUCUUCAGGAUGUAUUUGAUGCUGUCACAGAUAUGUGUGCUUUACUUCCUGAUCAUGCUGAUCAUUCCACAGACCGUCGGUUUCACUUCCUGUCUUUUGUUUUUUCUGGCCGGUGUGAUUGUAUGUUGUAUCGGUGGCGUAUUUCCCGCCUUUGUUUCCCACACCCUUGUUCAGUUUUUGGCGUGGUCCCCCUUGUUUAAAAGCUCUAUUUUGUUACCCUUUUCCUGCCUCCUUCUCUUACUGCAACCCUUUUGCCUAAAUCCUACAUUCAGUGAAAGAUGUGGAAACAGGAAUGGUCCAUUUAGAAAUAGACCUUUCUUGUUUGUUCUUCAGUUUUCUUGAGCUGGAUAAAUAAAGACAAUACAUUUCAAAGUGUGAAAAAAUGGACCCCUUGAAAUCUCUGAUAGGGUCCUUAUGCUACUAAUCUAGAGGCUAGUUUGCUCUUAGUUUGCUGUUCAGUUUCCGGCCAUUAUGUUCAAGUUUGAACUUUCUGCUUUUCCUGUCAGGUUUUUAUACACGUUGAUUCAAAACACGCACAAAAUCAGGUGGAUAUAAAAUGUACCGAAAGACAGUGAGUGGAAUCAGAGGCGAUCUUCAUCUAUCUGUUGUAAUAACAACUCCUGAACGAGGGCCUUCAUAUUUUUCUGAAAAUCAAACUUUAUUAAAUUUCAA